AUGGUCAACGUCUUUGCGCCCGUCGACAAGAUCCACCAAUCGCUGCACGCCUUUCACGUCGUCGCCGACGAGCGAGGCGACAUUGUCCCCUCAGUCCACUACUGUGCCUGCAACCUCACGGGCGACCACUUUCAAUGUCUCAUCUACGACUCGGACCGUGCGGAUGCCAAGCUCAUCGGAGUCGAGUACAUGAUCUCCGAAUCCAAGUUCCUAGCCCUACCGGAGGACGAGAAGAAGUACUGGCACUCUCACGUGCACGAGGUCAUGAAUGGCACCCUGGCUCUUAUCGGCCUAAGGGCUGGCGUCGUCGCCGAAAGCGCAGCUGCAGCCGUCAAGACCGCCGAGGACGCAGUCAAGGCCGUCGCCGGCGACGGUGCAACAGGCGGCGCCGUGCCUGAUGCUGCAGAGCUCGCGGUCUUGGCCAAGGUCAAGAAGCUCUACGGAAAAGCAAUUCACACCUGGCAUCCUCCAACCAGUGACGUGCCGCUGGGCCCGCCUCGAUUGAUGAUGCCCAUCGACCCCAAGUACGACGGAGUGCCAAGCAAGCAGAUCGAGGCUCGCGACAAACUCUAUGGCGUCAACACGGAGCUCAAAAGGAAGCAGAGGCAGGAGAAGCUCACCGAGUCGUACGUGCCGAACGAUGCUGCCGACCAGUAUCUGCGCACGGGCAAGGUGCUCCAGUUCACUGCCGAGGAACGUCCUGUUCGUCCUGCAUAG